AUGGCCCUGAUUUCAGGGGAGGAUGUUGUGCCUUUACUGCUGGGCCCUGAGAAGGAUGCUGCCUUUUGGGGAGAUAUCGCUUUAGAUGAAGAUGAUCUGAAGCUGUUUCAAAUAGACAGAACUGUUGACUUAACAAAGCACUCAGAUGGCAACGCAAGACACACUUCAGGAGGCCUGGGAGAACAGUCUCUUUCAUCAAGUGAGAACACCACUUCAAGCGAUCGUAGUAACAAAGCAGUUAAAAAGGACGGCAGGCAGAACACAACGCUUGCGAGGAGACCGAAGAGGAAGGAAUUUAAAGAUGAGUCUGGGAUGGAUACACACUCCUCUCCCAGAGUGCGCAGGGCAACCACAUCCAGGGCUGAGAGGAUCUGGCCAGGGGGGGUCAUCCCCUAUGUGAUCGGAGGAAAUUUCACUGGGACCCAGAGAGCUAUCUUUAAGCAAGCGAUGAGGCACUGGGAGAAGCACACUUGUGUGACGUUUGUGGAGAGAACUGAUGAAGAGAGUUUCAUUGUGUUCACGUACAGAACGUGCGGAUGCUGCUCAUAUGUGGGUCGCCGAGGAGGAGGCCCUCAGGCUAUAUCCAUUGGGAAGAACUGUGACAAGUUUGGUAUCGUGGCUCAUGAGCUGGGUCAUGUGGUGGGCUUCUGGCAUGAGCACACACGGCCUGACAGGGACCAGCAUGUCACGAUCAUCAGAGAGAAUAUACAGCAAGGUCAGGAGUACAACUUUUUAAAGAUGGAAGCUGGGGAAGUGAACUCUCUGGGAGAGACCUAUGACUUCGACAGCAUCAUGCACUAUGCUCGGAACACGUUCUCCAGAGGGGUUUUCCUCGACACCAUCCUCCCCCGUCGUGAUGAUAACGGGGUCCGGCCAACUAUUGGUCAGCGUAUUCGCCUGAGUCAGGGAGACAUCGCUCAGGCGAGGAAGUUGUACAAAUGCCCAGCUUGUGGAGAGACCUUGCAGGACUCAACAGGGAAUUUCUCAGCCCCUGGCUUUCCAAAUGGCUACCCUUCCUAUUCCCACUGUGUCUGGAGGAUCUCGGUGACCCCAGGGGAGAAGAUUAUGUUAAACUUCACAUCAAUGGACCUAUUUAAAAGUCGCCUUUGCUGGUAUGAUUAUGUGGAGGUGCGUGAUGGCUACUGGCGGAAGGCUCCGUUACUGGGUAGAUUUUGUGGCGACAAGAUUCCUGAACCGGUAAUCUCCACGGACAGCAGGCUGUGGAUCGAGUUCCGGAGCAGCAGUAACAUCCUGGGCAAAGGUUUCUUUGCGGUCUACGAAGCUAUUUGUGGUGGAGAAAUUCACAAAGAUGCUGGCCAGAUCCAAUCCCCCAAUUACCCAGACGACUACAGACCUUCCAAAGAGUGCAUCUGGAAGAUCACAGUUUCUGAGGGCUUUCACAUAGGAAUCACAUUCCAAGCCUUUGAGAUUGAAUGGCAUGACGCUUGUUCUUAUGACUAUCUGGAGAUCCGAGAUGGCCUCACUGAAUACAGCCCAUUGAUUGGUCACUUCUGUGGCUAUGAGAAGCCAGAAGAUAUCAAAUCCAGCUCAAAUAAAAUAUGGAUGAAGUUUGCGUCUGAUGCAACCAUCAAUAAAGCAGGCUUUGCAGCAAAUUUCUUUAAAGAGAUGGAUGAAUGUUCUCUGCCAGACAAUGGUGGAUGUGAGCAGCACUGCGAGAACACCCUGGGCAGUUACAAAUGCACCUGCGAGCCUGGCUAUGAGUUGACAGCUGAUAAAAAGAGCUGUGAAGCUGCCUGUGGGGGCUUCAUCACCAAGCUCAAUGGGACCAUUACUAGCCCUGGAUGGCCCAAGGAAUAUCCUACUAACAAAAACUGCGUCUGGCAGGUGGUAGCUCCAGCCCAGUACCGGAUCUCUCUGCAGUUCGAAGUGUUUGAGCUGGAAGGCAAUGAUGUCUGUAAAUAUGACUAUGUUGAGGUUCGUAGUGGGUUGGCUUCUGACUCCAAGCUGCAUGGCAAAUUCUGUGGCUCAGAGAAGCCUGAAGUAAUCACGUCGUAUGGCAACAACAUGAGACUGGAGUUCAAAUCGGACAACACGGUUUCCAAGAAAGGCUUUAAAGUUCACUACUUCUCUGACAAGGACGAAUGCUCCAAAGACAAUGGUGGUUGCCAGCACGACUGUAUCAACACCUUUGGGAGCUACGUAUGCCAGUGCAGAAACGGCUUCAUGCUGCAUGAAAAUGGCCACGAUUGUAAAGAAGCUGGUUGCGAGCACAAGCUGAGUGGUGCGGAGGGAACGAAAGAGUGCACCUGGGACAUCUCUGCCACGCCUGGCCACCGAGUGAAAGUCACCUUCAAUGAGUUUGAGAUUGAACAGCACCAAGAAUGUGCCUAUGACCACUUAGAAAUGUAUGACGGGCCCAACAGCAAGUCACCUAUCCUUGGUCGCUUCUGUGGCAGCAAGAAACCAGACCCUGUAGUGGCUUCUACCAACAAGAUGUUCCUCAGAUUUUACUCUGAUGCUUCUGUGCAAAGAAAAGGUUUCCAGGCAAAGCACAGCACAGAGUGUGGCGGGCUCUUAAAGGCUGAAGUGCAAACUAAGGAGCUAUAUUCCCAUGCUCAGUUUGGGGACAACAACUACCCAGGUCAGACCAACUGUGAAUGGGUGAUUGUAGCUGAAGAUGGUUAUGGGGUGGAGCUGAUAUUCCAGACAUUUGAGAUCGAGGAGGAGGCUGACUGUGGGUACGACUACAUGGAGAUUUAUGAUGGUUACGACAGCACUGCACCCCGCCUGGGACGCUUCUGUGGCUCAGGGCCUCUGGAAGAAAUCUACUCUGCAGGGGAUUCCAUCAUGAUUCGAUUCCAUACAGAUGACACCAUCAACAAGAAAGGCUUUCACGCCCGAUACAUAAGUACCAAAUUUCAGGAUGCAUUGCACAUGAGAAAGUAG